AUGAACUACAUGGAUGAAGAGAUGCCCUCAAAAGAUAAAAACCCUCCAAAGAUUAUUGACAUGACCACCAGUGAGAAGGUGGUGGAUCUUCUAAAUAAAGCAGCACUUAUUCCCACAGAUGAAAAACUGACUGUACUUAAACAGGUCCAAGAACUUAUCAUUAACAAAGACCCAUCUCUCCUUGAUAACUUUCUGGACGAGAUGAUUGCCUUUCAAACUGACAAAUCCAUAGAAGUCCGAAAGUUUGUCAUCGGGUUCAUUGAAGAAGCUUGUAAAAGAGACAAUGAGCUGCUCCUCAAACUGAUCGUUAACCUGAACAUGCUUUUGAGAGACGACAGCGUAAAUGUGAUCAAGAAGGGAAUCCUGGCCCUCACACAACUCUACAAAGUUGCGCUGCAGUGGCUGGUGCAGUCGAGGGUGAUCUCGGGGAUGCAGGAGGCGUGUUGGGAACUGAUCACUCAGAUGAAAGGAGAAGUCCUGGAUUUACUGGACACUGAGAACGACGGCGUGAGAACCCACUGCAUCAAAUUCACCGAAGCUUUGAUCAUCGCUCUGUCGCCGCGGACACCAGACUCCGAAGUCCCGAAACGGCAAGAAAAUGACAUCAGCUUGGACAAAGUACCCAAAGACCACUCGUACAUACGCUACGACGCUCUGUGUGAAGAGGGGAAAACUGCUGUGGAGAAGCUGCUGAAGUUCAUGGUUCAUCCAGCCAUCUCCAGCAUCAACCUGACCACGGCUCUGGGAUCUCUGGCCACCAUCGCCAAGCAGAGGCCCAUGUUUAUGUCACAGGUGGUGCAGGCCUACGAGACUCUGCACGCGAACUUGCCGCCCACUUUGGCCAAGUCUCAGGUGAGCAGCGUGCGAAAGAACCUGAAGAUGCACCUGGUGGCGGUCCUCAAGCACUCGUGCAGCGUGGAGUUCCAUGUUCAGAUCUGCACGCUGCUGCAGGACCUGGGCAUGCCUCAGAGCGAGAUCGCACGCUCCACCCCCUCCCUCCGCGAGCCCCGCAAACGCUCUCGACACGACCACUACACCGAGGGCAAGAAGGUCAAGAUGGAGCCCGCCCUGAUAGACGAGGACGAGGACAAAGAGGAGCCAGUGGCCCAGUCCACUCCUAAACCUGCUCCGGUCCCAGCGGCUCAGUCUGCCAUGGACCUCACAGCCGAGUUCCUGCGGCCCCUGCUGAACCCUGAGAACGUAGCCAACCUGGUGCUGAUCAGUAUGGUGUACCUGCCUGACGUGAUGCCGGCCUCGUUCCAGUCCACCUACACUCCGGUCGAGUCUGCAGGCACCGACGCUCAGAUCAGACACUUGGCCCGACUCCUGUCCACCCAGAUGACCGCGGCCGGGAUCGGACCAGGUCUGGAGCAGUCCAAGAGCAAAGACCAGGCGGUGGGCGAGGACAGCAGCAGCAGCAGUAAAGACCCUCUGAUCAAGAGGAAGACCCCGAUGGUGGUGCAGAAUAUCUCUGUGGUGGGAGGACACACAGAGAAGCCCCCCGAGGUCCCAGUGGUCAAGAGGCUUCCAGAACCCAUCCUGCCCAUCGUCCCGACCAAAACACCCGGCGGUAGUGGGAGGAAGAAGGUGUUUCGUUUGUCUGAUGUGAUUCAGCCGCUGUCCGACUCUCAGCUGGAAAACCUGUCGUCUAAAGCCGUGAAGCGGAUCCUUCACUCUGAGAAGUCCAUCGCCCAGAGCGGCAUGUCGCAGGUGCGCGUGAAGCUGCUGUCUCGUCUGGUGACGCAGUUCGAGGGUGUGAUGAAGGACGACGUGCUGGAGUUCAUCCUGGAGGACAUCCGCAGCCGCAGUGACUUGGCCUUUUCCCUCCUCUACCAGGAAUACACCACGUACCUGAGCCAGAUGCCCGCUGGUCUGCUGGACAGCUAUGACCACUGCCUCUACACGCUGCUGUCUGGGCUGCAGGAGAAGCCCGAGCAGAGGGACGGACUUUUCACCAAACUGGUCCUAGAAGCUCCAAUUAUUACAGAUUCUGCUUUAGAAGUCAUACGGCGAUACUGCGAGGACGAGUCUCGAGUUUAUUUGGGGAUGACCACUUUGAAAGAACUCAUCUACAACCGACCGAUGCGGCAGUUCCAGUAUCUCCACGUGCUUCUGGAUCUGAGCUCACAUGAAAAGGAGAAGGUGCGGACGACGGCCUUGAGUUUCCUGAAGAGAAUGUACGAGAAAGAGCAUUUGAGAGAUUACAUUGAGAAGUUUGCCUUGAAUUACAUGCAGCUGCUCGUUCAUCCCAAUCCUCCGUCUCUGCUGUUUGGAGCCGACAAAGACACAGAGGUGGCGUCUCCCUGGACGGAGGACACGGUGCGUCAGUGUCUCUUCUUGUAUCUUUCUCUUCUUCCUCUGAACCAUCGACUGGUCCAUGAGCUGGCGUCUGUUUACACCGAGGCCAUCGCAGACAUCAAGCGCAGCGUUCUCCGGGCCAUCGAGCAGCCGAUCCGGGGGAUGGGCAUGAACUCUCCAGAUUUAUUCCUGUUAGUUGAAAAUUGCCCGAAAGGAGCCGAGACUCUAGUGACGCGAUGUCUCCAUAUUCUGACAGACAAAGUUCCUCCAUCUCCAGAGCUGGUGGAGAGGGUCCGCGACCUUUUCUACAAGAGGGUCCCAGACGUGCGGUUCCUGAUCCCAGUCAUCAACGGCUUAGAAAAGAGGGAAGUCAUCCUUGCUCUCCCCAAGUUAAUCAAACUCAACCCGAUUGUAGUGAAGGAAGUUUUCAACAGACUCUUGGGCACACAGCACAGCGAGGGCAGUUCGUCAAUGUCUCCUCUCACUCCUGGGGACCUGCUGAUCGCUUUGCACAACAUCGACUCUAACAAAUGUGACAUGAAAUCUAUUAUCAAAGCCACCAACCUGUGCUUUGCGGAGAAGAAUGUGUACACGUCGGAGGUGCUGGCGGUGGUGAUGCAGCAGCUGAUGGAGCAGAGCCCUCUCCCCAUGCUGCUGAUGAGGACCGUGAUCCAGUCCCUGUCCAUGUACCCGCGCCUGGGCGGCUUCGUCAUGAACAUCUUGGCUCGACUCAUCGUCAAACAGGUGUGGAACUAUCCCAAAGUGUGGGAGGGUUUUGUGAAGUGCUGCCAGAGGACCAGGCCUCAGUCCUACAGCGUCCUGCUGCAGCUGCCGCACAAUCAGCUCAAGAGAGUGUUUGAACGCUGCCCCGAGAUGAGAGAACCACUGCUGCAGCACGUGCUCUCCUUCACACCACACCAGCAAGCUCACAUCACUCCGUCCAUGAUGGAUGUUCUGGAAGCUCAUAAGAAGCCGCCGCCUAAACCUGUGGAGCCGGAGAAAGAGAUUGAAGCAGUUCCUGAGCUGGUGGCAGAAGUCCCUCAGACUGAAUCCACACCUGAUCCUGAACAAAACAAGCUUCAGAACGAGGAGGAGCCCAUGGAGCAGGAGGGAGCUGUCGCAGAGGUGGAGACGGCAGCAGCUUGUGAAGAAGCCUCUCCACCCCCAGAGGCCGAGGAGCCGAUGGAGGAGAGCGCCCAGCCAGAGCCCACAGAGCCCACGGAGCAGGACCCUGAAGCAGAGGCAGAGACACAGGCUGAGGCAGAGGUCAAGGCAGAGGCCGCGGCCGCCAGCGGGACUGAGGCUGACGAAUAA